AUGGGGGGAAGGCGGAGCGGGGCUGCGGGGCUCUCUGCCUGGGCGCUGGCGCUGCUGGCCGUGGGGCUGGGGGGCUGCUCGGGCAGCUGUCCCGAGAGGGAGUUGGAGAGGAGAGAGGAAGAGGCGAACGUGGUGCUGACGGGCACGGUGGAGGAGAUCAUGAACAUGGACCCGGUUCAUCACACUUACUCCUGCAAGGUGAGAGUCUGGCGGUACCUAAAAGGCAAAGACAUCGUGACGCACAAAAUCCUCUUGGACGGUGGGAACAAAGUGGUAAUCAGCGGCUUCGGGGACCCCUUAAUUUGCGACAACCAGGUCUCGACGGGGGACACCCGCAUUUUCUUCGUCAACCCAGCCCCCCACUACCUGUGGCCCGAACACAAGAACGAGUUGAUGCUGAAUUCCAGCCUGAUGCGGAUUACCCUGCGCAACCUGGAAGAGGUGGAACACUGCGUGGAAGAACAUAGGAGGCUUCUCGCGGACAAGCCCGGUAACUAUUUCCCGCCGCCGCCGCCAACGCCGCAGGAUGUGUGCCGAGGAAUGCUGUGCGGAUUCGGAGCCAUAUGCGAGAGGAGCACCACCAACUCCUCCCAGGCCUCCUGUGUCUGCAAGAAGACUACCUGCCCGGUGGUGGUGGCCCCCGUCUGUGGCUCGGACUAUUCCACCUACAGCAACGAGUGCGAGCUGGAGAAAGCCCAGUGCAACCAGCAGAGGCGGAUCAAAGUCAUCAGCAAGGGGGCAUGCGGUUCCAAGGACCCCUGUGCAGAGGUGACGUGCAGCUUCGGCAGCACCUGCGCCCGCUCCACGGACGGCCAGUCGGCCAAGUGCAUCUGCCCGGCCUCGUGCGGCGGCGCGGCCGAGAGCACGGUGUGCGGCAGCGAUGGCAAGGACUACCGCAGCGAAUGCCUGCUCAACAAGCACGCCUGCGACAAGCAGGAGAACGUCUUCAAGAAGUUGGACGGGCCCUGCGACCCUUGCAGGAGCACUCUCAAUGACCUGAACCGGGUGUGCCGGGUAAACCCCCGCACUCGCAGAGCAGACCUGCUCUCCCGGCCUGAAAACUGCCCUCCGAAGAGGGACCCGGUGUGUGGCGACGACGGGGUGACCUACGACAACGAGUGCGUCAUGGGGCGGUCGGGCGCCAUCCGGGGGCUGGAGAUCCAGAAGGUGCGUUCGGGGCACUGCCAGCCUCAGGACAAGUGCCAGGCCGAGUGCAAGUUCAACGCCGUGUGCCUCAACCGCCGUGGCACCGCCCGCUGCUCCUGCGACCGAAUCGCCUGCGACGGCGCCUACCGGCCCGUCUGUGCCGGGGACAGCCGGACCUACAGCAACGACUGCGAGCGCCAGAAGGCGGAGUGCCAGCAGAAAGCCGCCAUCCCCGCGAAGCACGAGGGCCCUUGUGACCUGGGCAUGCCCAGCCCGUGCCUGAGCGUGGAGUGCACCUUCGGGGCCACCUGCGUGGUGAAGAACCGGGAGGCGGUGUGCGAGUGCCAGCAGGUAUGCCUCAGCCGCUACGACCCCGUGUGCGGCAGCGACAACCGCACCUAUGGCAACCCCUGCGAGCUGGACGCCAUGGCCUGCGUCCUCAGGAAGGAGAUCAAAGUGAAGCACAAAGGGCCUUGCGACCGGUGUAGCAAGUGUCAGUUCGGUGCCAUCUGUGAGGCGGAGACGGGCAGGUGCGUGUGCCCAACAGAAUGCGUCUCCUCCUCCCAGCCGGUCUGCGGCACGGACGGGAACACCUACGGCAGCGAGUGCGAGCUCCACGUCCGGGCGUGCACGCAGCAGACCAACAUCCAGGUGGCCGCGCAAGGAGACUGCAAGUCGUGCGGCAGCGCUGUCUGUGCCUUCGGGAGCAAGUGCGUGGGCGGGCAGUGUGUGUGCCCGCGCUGCGAGAGGCAGCCCUUCUCCCAGGUGUGUGGCAGCGACGGCGUCACCUACGACAGCCCGUGCGAGCUGCAGGUGGCUUCCUGCCAGCAGAAGAAGGCCAUCGAGGUUUCCAGGACGGGACCUUGUGAGGAGGAGUGUGGCUCGGGGGGCUCAGGCUCUGGGGAUGAUAACGAGUGCGAACAGGACCGCUGCCGGCAGUACGGGGGCUCGUGGGACGAGGACGUGGAGGACGACCGCUGUGUGUGUGACUUCACCUGCCUGGCCGUGCCACGUAACCCGGUGUGCGGCUCUGACGGUGCGACCUAUGCCAACGAGUGUGAGCUCAAGAAGACACGCUGCGAGAAACGCCAGGACCUCUACGUCACCAGCCAAGGAGCCUGCCGCGUUAUUGGAACGCCUCCCCCGCCGCUCCUGGUUCUGCACUGCAGCCAGACCAUCUAUGGAUGUUGUCCAGACAAUACAACCGUGGCCCUCGGCGUGGGCUCGGCUGGCUGCCCAAGCACCUGUCAGUGUUACCCCUACGGCUCGUAUGGGGGGGCCUGCGACCCCACCACCGGCCAGUGCUCCUGCAAGCCGGGGGUGGGGGGCCUGAAGUGCGACCGCUGUGAACCCGGCUUCUGGAACUUCCGCGGGAUAGUCACGGACAGCAAGAGCGGCUGCACCCCUUGUCACUGCGACCCGGUGGGCUCGGUGCGUGACGACUGUGAGCAGAUGACCGGACUGUGCUCGUGCAAGACGGGCAUCACCGGCAUGAAAUGCAACCAGUGCCCCAACGGCAGCAAGCUGGGGAUGACGGGCUGCGAGAAAGAUCCCUCCGCGCCAAAGUCCUGCCGCGAGCUGAGCUGCGAGUUCGGGGCGUCGUGCGUGGAGGUCAGUGGCUUUGCCCACUGCGAGUGCCCGUCCCCGCUGUGCAUGGAGGCCAACAUGACCAAGGUCUGUGGCUCUGACGGAGUGACCUACGGUGACCAGUGCCAGCUGAAGACCAUUGCGUGCCGGCAGGGACAGGUCAUCAAGGUGAAGCAUGUUGGGCAAUGCCAUGAAUCCAUCACCCACGUGAGUCACACCGUACAGCCCAUGCCACUGCCCACGCUGCCCCUGGACAAGCUCCUCCACCCCCCGCCUCUAAGGCUUACCACCCCGGCCCCCAACCCCACGGAGACAGCCACCAGUUCCCUGCUGUUCAAAGCCAGGCCCAUUCCUAGAAGCCAGCCUGCCACGGUACGGGUGACCACUGCCCGGCCGGCGACCACCACCUGGACCACCCAGGGGAUCCGCAGGACUACCAUCCGCCCCCUCUCCACCACUCCUGUGGUCCUGGCCACCCCCCCACCUGCGUACUCGGAGUCUGGCAGUGCAGAAGGCAGCGGGGACCCAGAACUGGGCAUCAGUGGGGACCAGGAAGCCAGUGGGGCUGGCUCUGCCGGGGAAGAGGAGCCAGAGGAGAGCCAAGUGACAUCCACCCCCGCCAUCGAAAGAGCCACGUGUUAUAACUCCCCUCUGGGAUGCUGCUCGGAUGGCAAGACGGCAGCUGUUGACGCAGAAGGAAGCAACUGCCCGGCCACCAAGGUCUUCCAGGGAGUCCUCAUCUUGGAGGAGGUGGAGGGCCAGGAGCUGUUCUACACGCCCGAGAUGGCUGACCCCAAAUCGGAGCUCUUUGGGGAAACGGCCAGGAGCAUCGAGAGCGCGCUGGACGAGCUUUUCCGGAACUCCGACGUGAAGAAGGAUUUCAAGAGCAUCCGCGUGCGAGACCUGGGCCAGAGCAGCGCAGUCCGCGUUAUCGUGGAGUCCCACUUUGACCCAGCCACCUCCUAUGCAGCGGCGGACGUGCAGAGGGCCCUGCUCAAGCAGAUCAAGGCCUCCAAGAAGAGGCCCAUCCUCGUGAAGAAGCCUCAGCAGGACCACAUCAAAUUCAUGGACUUUGACUGGAUUCCCAGGCUUUUCACCACCACGACCACCACCACCACUGCCACCACCAUGGCGCCUAUCACCACCCGGAGGUUUACCGCCCCCACCGCUGCCCACGUCCUGCCCCCGGAGGCCAUGGAGAGGCCCAGCACCAAGAUGGCAGGGCCCGCCACCACCAGGAGACCCACCACCACCACCGUGCCGGCCACCACCCGGAGGAAGCCCACGCGCCAGCCCCCCGCCACCAAGAAGCCGGCCCGGCCCUGUGAUUCCCACCCCUGCCUGCACGGCGGCACCUGCGAAGACGACGGGAAGGACUUCACCUGCAGCUGCCCUGCGGGGAAAGGGGGCGCCGUCUGCGAGAAAUCCAUCAGGUACUUCAUCCCCGGCUUCGGCGGGAAGUCCUACCUGGCCUUCAAGAUGAUGAAGGCCUACCACACGGUGCGCAUCGCCAUGGAGUUCCGGGCCUCCGAGCUCAGCGGGCUGCUGCUCUACAACGGGCAGAACCAGGGCAAGGACUUCAUCUCCCUGGCGCUGGUCAACAGCUUCGUGGAGCUCCGGUUCAACACAGGGUCUGGUACAGGCGUCAUCACCAGCAAGGUGCCCGUGGAGCCUGGCAAGUGGCACCAGCUGGUGGUGAACCGGAACCGCCGCAAUGGCAUGCUGUCGGUGGACGGGGAGCCCCACGUGAACGGGGAGAGCCCGAGCGGUACUGACGGGCUGAACCUCGAUACAGAUCUGUUCAUCGGAGGGGUGCCGGAAGACCAGAUGGCUGUGGUGGCAGAUCGCACGUCAGCCACCGCCGGCCUGAAGGGCUGCAUCCGCCUGCUGGACGUGAACAACCAGAUGUAUGACCUGCGGGAGAAGGGCAGCGACGUGCUGUACGGCAGCGGGGUGGGCGAGUGCGGGAACAACCCUUGCCACCCCAACCCCUGCCACCACGGCGCCAUCUGCCACGUCAAGGAGGCCGAGAUGUUCCACUGCCAGUGUCUCAACGGCUACACGGGUCCGACCUGUGCCGAUGAGAGGAACCCAUGUGAGCCCAGCCCGUGCCACGUCUCUGCCACCUGCCUGGUGCUGCCCGAGGGAGGCGCCAAGUGCGAGUGCCCCAUGGGGCGGGAAGGGGAGUUCUGCGAGGCAGUGACGGAGCAGGACCAGACCCGGCCGUUCCUCCCGGAGUUCAACGGCUUCUCCUACCUGGAGCUGAGAGGGCUGCAGACCUUUGGGCGCGAGCUGCAGGACAAGAUGUCCAUGGAGGUCGUGUUCCUGGCCAGGAACCCCAGCGGCAUGAUCUUCUACAACGGGCAGAAGACGGACGGCAAAGGGGACUUUAUCUCUCUGGCCUUGCACGAUGGCUACCUGGAGUAUAGAUACGACCUGGGCAAGGGGGCAGCUGUGCUCAAGAGCAAGGAGCCAGUCCCUCUGAACACCUGGAAUAGUGUGUCGCUGGAGAGGAACGGGCGCAAGGGGGUGAUGCGGAUUAACAACGGCGAGAGGGUGAUGGGAGAGUCACCGAAAUCCCGUAAGGUUCCUCACACCUCCCUGAAUCUGAAGGAGCCCCUCUACGUGGGGGGAGCGCCCGACUUCAGCAAGCUGGCGCGCGCCGCGGCCAUCUCCACCAGCUUUGACGGAGCCGUGCAGAGGAUCUCCAUUAAGGGCGUCCCGGUCCUGAAGGAAGAGAACAUCCACAGCGCCAUUGAGAUCUCUGCCUUCCGCUCCCACCCCUGCUCCCAGAAACCCAACCCCUGCCAGAACGGAGGCAUGUGCACCCCCCGGCUAGAGAACUACGAGUGCGCCUGCCAGAGGGGCUUCUCCGGGGCACGCUGCGAGAAAGUGAUCAUCGAGAAGGCAGCAGGAGAUUCAGAGGCCAUUGCCUUUGAUGGCAGGACCUACCUGGAGUACCACAAUGCCGUGACAAAGAGUCCCGAAGCGCUGGACUAUGCCCCGGAUCACAGCGAGAAGGCCUUGCAGGAGAACCACUUUGAACUGAGCAUCAAGACGGAAGCCACCCAGGGUCUGAUCCUGUGGAGCGGGAAGGGGCUGGAGCGGUCGGACUACAUCGCCCUGGCCGUAGUGGAUGGUUAUGUGCAGAUGACCUAUGACCUUGGCUCCAAGCCAGUUGUCCUGCGUUCCACGGUGCCAGUGAACACGAACCAGUGGAUUCAAAUCAAAGCGUACAGAGUACACAGAGACGGCUCCUUGCAGGUUGGCAACGAAGCCCCCAUAACUGGUUCUUCCCCUCUUGGAGCAACUCAGCUAGACACCGAUGGAGCCCUUUGGCUGGGGGGAAUAGAGAAGCUCAGCCUGGCUCACAAACUGCCCAAGGCCUACAGCACCGGCUUUAUUGGCUGCAUAAGGGACGUGAUAGUCGACCGCCAAGAACUGCAUCUGGUGGAGGACGCUUUAAACAACCAGACGAUAUUACACUGCUCAGCCAAAUAA